AGUGCAACUCCUUCUACUAAUACUCGAGGUUCUGUAGCUACUAACGCUACUGCUGCUACUGCUGCUACUGUGGUAAUCGACACCAGCGGGGAAUCAGGUUAUGAAGUAGAAGAUGUCAACAUCAAUAUCAAUGAACAAAGAGCGAGAUCACGAGCCUCAUCUCAACUAACUAGGAAAAUACUAUUAGACGACGAUCAAAUUACCGAUAAAGAUGACAUCCAAUCUACUACCCACGAGGAUAGGAACCAACCGGUAAAUUUGUGGAAGAAACCCGCCUUCACUCCACUACUACCUCCCAUCGAAGAAUGCCCGCCCGAAUGCCCCAACAAAAGCCUCAUACCGAAAUGUUCCAAAUGCUUCCAACCCCUGCGAAGACCCAUCGGUCGCUGUAACUGCAAACAGUUACCCACCUGCGAGAGUUCCUGCCAGCACUACCCCGUUUGCCCGGCGAUGAUCUCCAGAUCGGUGUUCCCAUGCAACGAAUUUUCCAUGCAAACUUGCAGCUCCCCCGUUUGCAGGCCCGUACCGUUCGAUUCCCACGGUUGCCGAACCACCCAGACCUUCCCCCAGACCGAUUUUCCCGGUUGCUUCGACAAUUAUUGCUUACAGAGCGCUCCGGUGAUGAGACACAAGGCCGUGCAAACGCGAGGACAGGACGAUUUUUCGGUCAACUUCGUUUCCUGCGAUCCUGGAAUUGGAAUGAAACGGGAUUGUUGCGUGAUGACUUUCGAUGAUCUACCACAAACGUGUACAAUCGGUACAUACUACAAUGAAGAAUUCGAUUGUAGUAUUAAGCCUGUGGUGGAGAAUGCUUGUUGUAAGUGCACGAAUUUUCCGGAACCAAUCGACCAGAUUUCGCUAGCUCCCGGUAGGGAAAGUCGCCGGAUGACUUUCAAAGAAGACGAUAAAAGCCGUCGAUCUACCUUCGUCGAGGAUCUCAGCCAGCGAAGCGUGAUUCUACAGAACGACGAGAAGGAAAGGGAGUGCUCGAUGAACUGCAGGUUUCUCGUACCGACCAAAUACACCUGCAGGGAUUGCGGUAGAGAACACGAACCGGCCAAAAGCGCCUUCGACGGGUCCUCCUGCAAUUGCGCCGUCGGACCGGACCCUCCAAUUCUAUCCUCGAAGUGCAAUUUUUGCGAUGCACCGCCCAAAUGCAAUUGCGGAAUGCCCAACGCCAAUAAUCUCCAAUCGCAACACUGCUCGUGCGGUCUGGAAUCGCCGCAAUUGCAACCGCAACAGCCGCUUCUUUAUCCUGUUCAGUCGAAUUUUACGCAGCAACCGCCGACGAUGGGCUUUCCGGGGACUUUUAAAAGCUUCGCCGGCCAGAAUUCGAAUUUACAGAACAAAUAUACGGCGUACGAGCCGCCGAAAUACUUCAUCGUCAACCAAUUUACUUGUACUUACAAUAACGAAGAUGAUAAAAUAACUGAAAUGGAAUCGUCUGGAUGCUCUUGCGUCAAAUGCAACAAGGAUUGCUGCGAAUGCACCUCCCCUUACCUCACCGACGAUCCGAUUGCAGUUGAUCAAAGCACUUCUAUCGGUAUAUUAAACAACACCCAAGACGAGCAAAGUUUCAGAUUCUUCCACUUCGAAUACAACGUCAACAAAUGCGAGAAUUCUUGUUAUUGCAGCGACGAUAUCAAAUGCAGCUCGAAUUGCAUACGGAACAGGACCAACAAAAGCACGCAGUUCGGGAAACUCCUUCGACUAAACAUCGACAAAUGCUCCUGCGACGAAUCCGUGAAAUGUUCGGCCGAAUGCAUCAAAUACCAAGAUAGAAACCCCGUCACCUAUCAGCACAAAUCCAACCAAUACUCCCUCGACAACGACAACUUCGAACAGUCCAAAUUGAACGCUCUUUUGAACAACAUCGUUUCGAACCUGAAGGAUAACACCUUCAAAACCUCGAAUAGCAUCUUGAAGUGCACCAAACACAAGUACAACCGCGAAUUCGACAUGCGCGGCUCGAAUUUGGAGUCCAUCGAAGAGGAAUCGAUGUCUUACGAGCUCGCGCCCGAGCACACUUCGUCUCAUUGCGCCGAAAAAUCCACUCCUGCAAGCGAUUUUAACAGUACAAAAUCAACCAAGCAACCGAAAGAAUUCGACAUCGAUAAAUGCUAUUGCAAAGACACUUCCAAGUGCGCUUCUAAAUGCGUUAGACACAAAAUCUCGAAUAGAAGUAAACCCGAUUCGUUCGAUAAUUCAUCCAUGUACGAUAAAAAAGUACCUAACAAACAACAAGAAGGUCCGAUUGCGAACCGAUUAUUCGAGCGCAAGCAAUUCGAUCCGGCGAAAUUCAUUCCCAAAUGCGACGCGAUCGUUUACAGAACGAACUUGCCCGCCAGUUAUCAUCAAACUGAAACUUGCUUCUGUUUCGAGGACAUUCCGGAAGGUUCCUGCUACGACAACGAAGCCGAUUUAAGUUGCCAAACGGACUGCGACGUCCGAAGAUGUUGCUCGUUUUGCUGCAACUUCUCUCACAGCUCCAACCAAUACUGCAUCGAAGACAAUCCAUGCGAAUCGGACGAAAACGCCAAUUAUUAUCAAACAUCCUGCUGUAAAUGCGAUGGCGUUUCCGAGCAAUUCUGCCGGUUCGUUUGCAGCCCCGAUUGCGACAUCUACAAACAACACCAGGAAUCUUCUAACACCAACGAGUGCGACACUCCUCGAUACACCUGCGAGGAAUGUUGCAAGUUCUCGAACGAGGAUACAGCAAACAGCAAAUACAGGACUCCCCAAUGCUCCCCAAUACCCAAUACUACGCAGACGAAUUCCGAGAACGAGAUGAUUCGAAUAUGCAGGGAGUGCUGCGAGAGGAACCAGAACGUGAUCGAUUCGGCUCUGAAGACAGGUACUUCGUUGGAAUGGGAAUCCUGCUGCGUGGAGGCGAAAGAGCCGCCUUGUCCCAGGCGAACGGAGGGUUGUCCCGACGUGAAUUUCUGCGAUAAAAACCCUUUGGAUAUAUCGGAGAGCGAGGCGGAGAUCCUCAUCAGUUCGUACGUGCCCCAAUCCAAGCGGACUUCGAGGACUUCGAGGACUUCGAGGACUUGGAGAGAGUCGUCUAAAGAGGCGAAUGGGGGUUUCGGUGAACGAAAGUACCAUUAUCUUAUGACUGAUUCGUCUACGGAGAAGGCUUUGUCUUUCGACAAACCCGCGUCUGGUUUAUCUGUAAGGGUUUACCGUAAGGGAUCAUCGAGAGCAUCGAAAGGAUCCAAAAUGGCUAGGUCAUCGAAAGCGAAUGCCACGAAAGUAGCCUUAGAGGCGAACAAAAGAUUGGUUUUGGACGAACAGCAGAAAAAUUCCCCCGUUAUUAAUCGAAAACUUAGUCCUCAAUACGAAGAUGAUAAUCAUAGUGGUAUUACUGGACCCUUUCACGAUGACGGAAUAGACGAUGAUGGAUCUAUUCUAACGCAGGGCGAUACUUCAACUAGUAAAAAAGGGGAAAUCAAUCGGCAAAACAUACCCUCGCUCUUUGAAGACACAUUAGUGAAGCAAGAUAAGCAUAGAACGGUUGCACUUCAAUCGAAAGAAGCCGGCGAGAGCAGGCCUAAGAAAGACGAAAAAAAGUCUCAUAAAUGGUUUAAAUUUUUCAAGAAAGAUAAGAAAAAUAAGAAAACUGUAUCAAUAGAGCAGUUGUCUCAAUACUCUGAAGUGGGGAAUUUUCAGGAACGAGGGAAAACGGAGAGGUAG